AGGCAGUGAAUGGAAAACCAGGUAUGAGACCCAGAUGGAGCUGAAUGACCAAUUGGAAAAGCAAAUCGUGUCUCUGAAAGAGAAAAUGGAAAAGGUCCGUGGAAAUCCUUCAGACAGACUAUCUUCCAUUCGUGUCUAUGAAAGAAUGCCAGUGGAAUCUCUAAACAUAUUACUUAAACAACUAGAAAAAGAAAAAAGGAGUCUUGAAAAUCAAGUGAAAGACUACGCGCUUAAACUCGAGCAGGAAUCCAAGGCGUACCACAGGACCAACAACGAGCGCCGGACGUACAUCGCAGAAAUGUCUCAGGUUUCUGGCUUAAAUCAAGUUUCUAAAAGGCAACAGACGGACCCGCUGCCUAGAAUGAAAGAGAAUCUGGUGAAAACUGGAAGAUACAAUCCCGUUAAUCAGAAGAUAAUGAAUACCAAGAAAGGACCUGUAAAAAAGGUUUCAAGAUCAAACCAUCUUCCAAAACUCAACCCGGAACAGGUUGAUGGCAAGUCUUCACCAUCUCACACUAACACCACUCUGGGGCAGAUGCUGCUAAGUGGCGGGCCUGGGGUGUCCACGUCACUCUGCCCAGCGCUCCCACAGCCCCUGGGCGCUCCCUGCGCCUCGCUCCGCCCCUCGCAGCGCAGCGCGGGCCCGCCAAGAAGCUGCAGAGCACUAGGCGCCAUGGCCGACCUGAUCAGCAGUGAGAAGCUAGGCCGGAGGCCAGGGCAGAGAAAACUAGAGCUUUUGCUAGUUGGAGAUGCCACAAGAUACUUCCUGACUGGCUCUGUACAGAAAUUCUUUGCCAGCAUGGCACAUGUCACCUUGACCAUUAGCAAUGUGAAGAAGGUACCCACGCUUUUGGCUGCAAGCUCAUUCGACAUAAUUUUCUUGAAGGUGACUUCCACCUUAACUGUGGAAGAACUGGAGGCUGUCAAGUCAAUUAGAUAUCUCAAGAAAAACACACAUUUGCUGUUUGUUUUUGUAAUACCUGAAAAAUUUAAAGGCUGUGUUUCAGAAUAUGGAGUGGAUAUAAGUUUCACUGAGCCAUUGACCUUGGAAAAAAUGAACAUGGUGGUAAACUACUGGAGAACAUUUUUCACAGAUAUGGAUGGGGAAAGCAUCGAGAGCCUUCCAGAAUAUAGACUGCACCUCCAGACUGCCUGUGCUGAACUCGGGGGACACUUUGCUCCUGAUCUGUUUCUUUGCACUGAGCAGCUGAAAAAUGACACAGAACUUGAAGCAAAGGCCCCAUUGCCACGUCCCGAGAGAAACAGGAAGACAUCUGCCCUUCACUCAAGCAAAGAAAAGCUGAGGAGAGAACGCAUCAAGUUUUGCUGUGAGCAGCUGCGCACCCUUCUGCCAUACGUCAAGGGGAGAAAGAGUGAUGUGGCUUCGGUUAUUGAGGCGACAGUCGAUUAUGUGAAAUACGUCCGGGACAAUAUCUCUCCAGCCGUCAUGGCCCAGAUUACCGAAACCCUCCAGAACAAUAAAAGGUUCUCUAAGAGGCAGAUGCCCAUUGAGCUGUUCCUGCCACGUGCAGCCACAUCACAGAGGGAAGAUGGUGUGCUGGCAAGCACUUACUCAUCUGUACGGGAGAUCCAGCUCCUGGCUGAUCAGCACUUGAAUGUGUAUCCUGUCCCUGCUGCAGGAGGGCCCUUAGAGGAAGCUGUAAGAGAGUCUCAGUACUGUGCGCAGUGUUCACAGACACCUGUUUUCUUUCUUGUUACAGGUCAGUCAAGCUCUGCUUCAGAGAGCUCUAUUGAGGAUCUUUAUAAAACGAGAGUCCCCAGCACAACGCUCUCUCUUAAUUCCUUCCAUGCUGUCAGAUAUUGUUCUGGGGCUGUCCCUCCCCAUGAUGCAGCUGCCAGAACAAACCAGAAUGCUCCUAUCUAUGUACCAUCCACUGUGUCCAGUGUUUCCAACUUUCUCCCUCAGCACUGCAGUUCUGUGUUUUGCCAAACUUGCCCAACCUGUCCCAAUUGUCCGUGUACUCCAGGCCAUGAGCUUCCAGUGGGUUCUCGAGCUACCUCAUCCAGCAUCGUCUUCCGUGGGUCCCAAGAUUCAGACUCAGAUCAUCAGAUUUCUCAGCUACCGCUUGUACCCGCUGAGCCAUCUCCCCAGCAUCAAGAAAAGUAA